CAUCAGCCCAGUUGUGGUGCAGUGUGCAAAGCCUACUGGCUGGCGUGGCGCGGGAAACGCCUUCCGGAGCGGGGAAACAAAACGGCGGCGCGCAGUCGGGUGCAGACUGUCGCCGCUUCCCGGAGUGCUGUCACCCGUGCGCCUCCCAGCAGCUGCCAGAAUGCCGAACUGGGGAGGAGGCAAGAAAUGCGGGGUGUGCCAAAAGACCGUCUACUUUGCUGAGGAGGUCCAGUGCGAGGGCAGCAGCUUCCAUAAAUCUUGUUUCCUCUGCAUGGUCUGCAAGAAGAAUCUGGACAGCACCACCGUGGCCGUGCAUGGAGAAGAGAUCUAUUGCAAGUCGUGCUAUGGCAAGAAGUAUGGGCCAAAAGGCUAUGGCUAUGGGCAGGGUGCAGGCACACUGAGCACGGACAAGGGGGAAUCUCUGGGCAUCAAGCAUGCGGAGUGACCCCCCGGACACAGGCCGACCACCAACCCCAACGCAUCCAAGUUCGCCCAGAAGAUUGGUGGCUCUGAGCGCUGUCCCCGAUGUAACCAGGCAGUCUAUGCUGCAGAGAAAGUGAUUGGUGCCGGGAAGUCCUGGCAUAAGUCCUGCUUCCGGUGUGCCAAAUGUGGCAAGGGCCUUGAGUCGACCACCCUAGCGGACAAGGAUGGUGAGAUCUACUGCAAAGGAUGCUAUGCUAAAAACUUUGGGCCCAAAGGUUUUGGCUUUGGACAAGGAGCUGGUGCUUUGGUGCACUCCGAGUGAGGCCGCCGCCGCCGCCCCCCGCGUCCCCUGCCUU